AUGGCGAAGAGAGUCAUUCGUCUAUUCGGAUUCCCAGUUCAUGACGCGCCCGGCGAGGCAGAAGCCGAAUGCGCUCUCUUACAGCAGCGGAGUAUCGUCGACGCAGUUUUGAGCGAGGAUGUCGACACAAUCAUGUUCGGCUGCACCCGAAGUCUUCGAAACUGGUCAGCAGAGGGGACCCGCGGAGCCAAGACGCCCACCCACGUUAGCAUGUACGAGGUCGAUGAUCUAUUGUCUGCCGAGACGGGUCUGGAUCGAGAGGGUAUGGUGUUAGUCGCACUGAUGAGUGGAGGCGACUACAUACCGGAAGGUGUACCAGGAUGCGGUCCCAAAGUUGCAUGUGAGGCGGCGAAAGCUGGGUUCGGCAAGUCGCUAUGCCGCUUGAAGAUCGAAGACGAUGACCAAUUUGAUGACUGGAGGAGGACGUUACGACACGAAUUACGUACGAACGAGAGCGGCUUCUUCAGAGUACGGCACAAAGCUCUAUCCAUACCGGACGAGUUUCCAGAUCGCCAAGUACUCAGGUAUUAUACGCACCCGGUCGUCUCAAGUGCCACCACUAUCGACAGGUUGAAGACGGGUCUCAAUUGGAGUCGCCCGAUAGAUGUGCAAGGUCUCCGGUACUUUGCCGAUGAGACGCUUGACUGGGUGAAUAAAAUCGGUGCCAUCAAGCUCACGCGAGUCCUGUCACCUGCGUUACUCGUCCACAAGUUACUGGAGAGGCACCUUUCCGACCGAGCAAGCUACCAGACGGCAGAGGAGAUGGAGAAGGAAGAAUCGAAAAUGAUCAAUCGUAUCGCCGGGAUACGAAGCCAUCACAGCACCGAUGGUAUUCCAGAGCUGCGCGUAGCACAUACUCCGACCGAUAUAGUCGGUCUAGACCUUUCACAAGAGAUAGACGAAGCCGACGAAGUGCCCUUUGAUCGCCAGGGUCUCGGACUCAAUAGCGACGAGGAAUUCGAAGCUGCUAUUGACGGCGAGGGAGUGCCAGCGAGCAGCCAGGCUGUGCCAAAGAGUACAUUCGACCCAUAUGCCGCCCAGAUGAUCUGGCUGCCCGAGUCGCUCGUCAAGCUAGGCGCACCUCUGGCUGUCGAAGAUUGGGAAGAGAAACAGCGCACCAAGGCUACGAAGGCGUCUACAAAGCCCAAGAACACAAGCAGCAAGGGCGUUAGCAAGAGGAAGCCUGCCAAAGCCGUCCCAGCCGAACACGGCGCGCUUGAUAAGUGGAUGCAAAUCACAAAGGGCACAACUACAAGACAAUCAGCAAAGACUGGCGGCGCAAUAUCGCAACAUCAAGUAGAUGACGAAGAUGUCCUCCCACCACAACUCCCUCGUCCAACUAUUCUUAGGCCUGAUCCAACAAAGAUUGCGGCUGCGUUUCCGGCCUCCUCCUCCUCACAACGUCCGAAUCCCUUGCCGAGACCAAUCAACCGAAGUAAGCAAUCCAGGUCCAACGGGAAAGUGUCUGCCACCGCAGAACCAACCGCUCACAGUAACCCCUGGGCAUACGCUGGCUCACAACAUAUGCCUAGGAUCACCGAGCCUCGGCAGCCCGCAGAGCCGAUUCUGUUGUCAUCUAGCCCCGUCUGCGCUUCGCCUGCGCCUCCUUUUCCGUCGCUGAAAAUCCCGCUGAGCCCGCUGAGCCCGCUGAGCCCGCUGAGCCCGUCGAGCCUGGCGAGUCCACCAACACCUCAGCAUACCAUUAUCGACCUAUCAGGUCUUGACGAAGAUUCUUUCGUCGAGCCCGCGCCCAAUCCGCCUAACAUGUCUACAUCAGCACCUCGUCGUCUUUCCCAAAGCCCUGGGAAACAUCGGGAGUCGACAAAAGGUUCGUCACCAAUACGACUGGCGACAACUCUGUCCAAGAGUCAGCGGGGGCUGAAGCAGACACGUAUGGAAUCGUUUGUGACUGGCAACACCACGCGGCCAACGGCGGAUCAGGAAACCAACCAUGAUAGGCAGCCAAAGAGUGUCCAGAGCGGUGGCCGCCUUGGCACGUCCAUCACCGUCAGCCAGACUGCCAAGGUCAAACCCGCUGCACCGAAGGAAGCUGCUGGUGCCGGCUUCCGUGGUUUCCGAACCACCAAAGUCACAACUUCCUCCUGGCUAGAACCAGACGAUGCGUUUGCGCCGAAACCCAUUGUAAAAACUACCUCAACGGAGGCCAGGAAAAAAGUCAUGGUGCCACGGACAAGCGUCAGUGGAUUUUUCCGGGUGGUCGAAGUGAGCGACGGGGAAUGGGUAGCCCGAACGAAGGCGACGAUGGCAUCGGAGCGCUUGACAAAGGAUGACGGAUGGAGGCAGAGCGAAGUUUCCAUUAUAGAUCUCACAGGAGACGACGACUAA